GAUUAGUCCAUGGAAAGAGUGGGUCGUCUAGACAGUCAACUAAUGUGCCCUGUUUUAUUGGUCUUACCAAUCGCAGUUUACCUUUCAAACACAAACUAGUCUUUGACUUUGGCAAACAACUGAACAAAUAUUCUUCUUCCGUUCAACCUGAUCACCAUCAAUCCAUCAUCAUCUUAGCCUCUUCUUCUUCUUCUUCUUCUAUCUGUUCCUCCAUAUUUGGAGUGGAAGUUUGGGAGUUUUAGAGGCUGCCAUGCUGAUCAAAAGUAGCAGCAGAAGGGAAAAGGAAGGGGUGGACCAAAGAAGAAGCUUCUCCUUCAGCUCCCUGGAUUUCAACUCUUCUUUCGGGCCGAUAUCUAACGAUGAAGAUGAGAGUAUUAUUGAUCAAGGCGGUUAUAGCGACGAUGAUGAUGAUGACGCUUACAUUGAGAUAAAUCUAGAUCAUCCGCCGCCGCCUCCGCCGAAAUGUCGGAAUGAAAACGAGGGUGAUGAUGAUCUCGAGUUUCGGGUGUCGUUUUUGGAGGCUGCUCUGCCGUUCAUCGGGAUUUCUUCACCUCCCUCUAAUUCGUAUUAUUCACCUCCCGUGGACUGGCCGCCGGCUCCCAACAAACGGAAAGUGCCUCUUUUCUUGCCGGUGAAUCAUCUGCUCAAUACGUUAGAGGGGCCGCAGAUCGAUGAUAGUAUGGGUGAUGAUCAUUUCCAGAACUCUGCAAUUAGUAAUGACGGCUCCAAACAGCUGGUUCUGAGCAUGAGCAGGGCUAGGUCUAGGACGGCGGCGGAUGGCGGAGGAGUGAUGAACAUGAUGGUAAAAUUCCGGUACGUUAUGAGCUUCCGGUGGAUGGUGGCUUCAAUGUUGAAGAUCCGGCGACAACAGAGUCAGGCGGUAACAUCGCCGUCGCCGUCUUCAACCGCAACACAUUUUAGCAGGCAGAGAGCGAAAUCAGGAGGCGGCCUGGAUUCAAACCAAAAGAUGAGCAGAAGACAAAAGAAGGCGAUCAUCGGUACUAAUAACGGUCCGGAGAAAUCGAGAUCAUCGGUACUGCUGCUGCGGCUGGGGAUAAAGCUGGACGCGAUCAGAGGGAUUGUGGCGUCUGAUGAUCAUCGCGGUGGUAGCAGAAGCCAUCCGAAAAGCUGCCCCGGUUCUAUCAAGUCGUCGCCUCUCCAUCAUCAAGGUCAAGGUGGUGGCGCUACUAGCUUGAGCGGGACACUAGUGUGUAGCAGGGACAACAAUGUUCAGGCCGCCAUUGCUCACUGUAAGAAAUCCUUCGGCCGCUCGGAGGAUUUUAGUUUUUGAAAAACAUAUCAGAUUACACCUCAAAGUAAAUCACGGGGUGUAUUCAACUGUCUACAUAUAUUACCAAACUGUUUGUACACUAUGCCAGCAUAUAAUGAAACAAAAUU